ACAGCACGGGCCCGCCGCAUACCACGGCAUACGCAUGCGCGCUGGUUCUGGGAACUCUGAAGACCUGGCGGAGCCGGGCGCCGAUGGAGGCCUGAGGGUGGCGGGGGCGGAGCGCGCAGCGAGCUGGGGGCAUGUCCGCGGCGGGCGCCGUCUAGAGGAAGGCCAAGCUGCCGCCACCACGCUGUCGGUCGCAGCGAGACGCAAGCGAGCCAGGCCGAGGGCCGCGGCGGCGAUGCAGCGACGGCGGCGCCCUCCGCCGCCAGCCUCCCGGCUGCCCUCGGGCAGCGGGGGAGGUGGCGGUGGGAGCGAGGAGGUGGAAGUGCAGUUUUCCGCCGGGCGUUGGGGCUCGGCCGCGGCGGUUUCGGCGGCGGCGGCCACGCGCAGCACCGAGGAGGAGGAGGAGAGGCUUGAGCGAGAGCACUUCUGGAAGAUCAUUAAUGCCUUCCGCUACUACGGCACCAGUAUGCAUGAGCGAGUGAACCGAACAGAAAGACAGUUUCGAUCACUUCCAGCUAACCAACAGAAACUACUUCCUCAGUUUCUUCUGCACUUGGACAAGAUCCGGAAAUGCAUUGAUCAUAAUCAAGAAAUACUACUGACCAUUGUGAAUGAUUGCAUACAUAUGUUUGAAAAUAAAGAAUAUGGAGAAGAUGGGAAUGGAAAGAUUAUGCCAGCAUCUACAUUUGACAUGGAUAAGUUAAAAUCCACAUUGAAACAGUUUGUGAGAGACUGGAGUGAAACUGGGAAAACAGAAAGGGAUGCCUGUUACCAGCCAAUCAUUAAAGAAAUUUUAAAAAAUUUUCCAAAAGAGAGAUGGGAUCCUUCUAAAGUAAAUAUUCUGGUACCUGGUGCUGGACUAGGAAGACUGGCCUGGGAAAUAGCUAUGCUAGGUUAUGCUUGUCAAGGAAAUGAAUGGAGUUUUUUUAUGCUCUUUUCUUCCAACUUUGUACUCAACAGAUGUUCUGAAAUUAAUAAAUAUAAACUUUAUCCUUGGAUCCAUCAGUUUAGCAAUAACCGGAGAUCAGCUGAUCAGAUUCGACCCAUCUUUUUCCCUGAUGUUGACCCCCACGGUCUUCCUCCUGGUUCUAACUUUUCUAUGACAGCAGGAGAUUUUCAGGAGAUUUAUUCAGAAUGCAAUACCUGGGACUGUAUUGCUACCUGUUUCUUCAUAGACACAGCUCACAAUGUAAUUGAUUAUAUUGAUACAAUAUGGAAAAUACUCAAGCCAGGUGGAAUUUGGAUAAAUCUAGGCCAAUAUGUCCAACUUGGGUGUAUCACAGAUACUUCAAAAUCUUUGUGUCUCCAGACCAGCCUGGGCAACAUGCUGAGACUCCAUCUCAAAGAAAAACCAGAACAAAACAGAAAACAAUUCCAUGCCACCCAGUAUCUUUUCUAUUCAUCAUCUACUCAGAUUCCCCCAACAAAAAUACUGGGAAUCUGUCAUUACCCCUUUUAUUAGUUCACUCAGGCUACCAUAACAAUACCACAGAUUGGGAGGCUUAAAUAACAGAAGUUUAUUUUCUCACAGUUCUGAAGACUGGAAUUCCAAGUGCCCGCCAGGUUGGUGUCUAGUGAGGGCUCUUCCUUUGAGUUGCAGGGUACGACCGUCUUGCUGUCUAUUCACAUAGCCUUUCUUUGGUUGUGCAUAAGGGGAGAAAGAGUGCAUGAAUGAGCUCCUUGGUAUGUUUUCUUUUUUUUUUUUUUUUUUAAUUUUUUUUUUUUUUAAGACAGGGUUUCACCAUGUUGGUCAGGCUGGUCUUGAACUCCCAACCUCAGGUGAUCUGCCCGCCUUGGCUUCCAAAGUGCUUGGAUUACAGGCGUGAGCCACUACUGCUUGGCCAUAUCUUUUCUUAUAAGGACACUAAUCCUAUUGGAUGAGGACCCCACCCUUAAGACCUCAUUUACCUUUAUUACUUCCUUUGAAGUCCUACCUUCAAAUAUAGCCUCACUGAGGAUUAGGGCUUUAACAUAUGAAUUUAAAGGCAGGGGAAUAUGAACAGUCAAUAGGACCCUCUUUUUCCUCACUGUUUGCCUCUAGUCUGUCUAAAAGUUAUCUCCUAAAGCUACUGAAUUGCUCUUGAAUAUCUCUUGCAGGGUUUCUCAACUGUGGUAUUGAUGUUUGAGCUGGAUCACUGUUCAGUGGGAGUGGUGAGGGAAGUGGGGGGUCUGGCCUGUACACUGUAGGAUGGUUAACAGCCUACCUAGCCUCUAAGAAUCCAGUAGUGUCUCUCAGUUUUAACAAUCAAAAUGUCUUUAGAUAUUGAAACAUGUUGCCCUCUGGGGAGUGGAGGGCAUUGGCAUAGUCAUCCGCAGUUCAAAACCAUUGCUCUAAUAUCACGGUUUCUUGUCUAGAUUAGCAUUAGGAUGACUGUAGUAGUUUCCUUAAGGAUGUCCCCAUCUUCGAGUUGUCUUCAGCCUUUUUCAUUUCUCCACAUAAUCACCAGUGACCUUCCUAUCAUGCAAAUCUGUUCCUGUAAGACUCCCUGCAUGAAAUUCUAGCUUUCUGGAAAACCUAAACUCUUCAGGAUUUAUGUACAAUGCCCUUAUGAUAUUUCUUCUGUUUUGUGUCUCAGUUUCUUUUCUAUUGUUGUUUUUUACCACCCUUUCUCUGACAUCAAGUGCCAGUCCUUUGACUUAGCCCUUUCUCUUUCUCUUCUGUUUUCCCUUGGGUAGUUCCUAUGUGUUCUUAAACAUUUAGCUCAGGUGAUCCUUUCGGGUUGGGUUAAGUAUUCUGUAUUUCUUUAUGUUCUAAGAGACUCUACUGUAGCCCAUACCUCAGUUUGGUGUUAGCACCCAUAGGCUUUUGUUUCCCCUGCUAGUCUCUAAGCUCCAUGAGGGCAAAGAUCUAAAGCUUCCUAUUCACCUGGUACAAAGCCUGGCAAACAGUGGAUAUAAAUAAUUGUUACAUGUACGUAUAAAUGUAUUGUUUCAAAAUUUGAAAAAGGAAACAUACUAAGGUGUCUUGAAGGAAAAGUGACUGCCAGAAGACAUGAUAAUCUGCCAUUUAUAUUGGUAAAUUCAUAACAUUCUUAGGGUUUUUGCGUUAGUUGUAUGGACCUGGAGGCUUAAUUUUCUCUAUAAACUGAGAGGUCAACCUCUUGGGGAUGAUUUUACCCUAAUCAUGCUUAUGUAGACUAGAAUGUCAAUAUAUUCAUAUAUUUUGAGAAAUCUAAUACUCAGCCAUUCUGGAACAAAUGACAUUGGAGGUAAAAUUAUAAAUGAAACUGUUGCUCAAAUUACAUGAAGUCGAUUUGGGGGGAGAUUAUUAAUUUACAAAAUGCUUUAAUUAAGAAAGAUUUGAUGGACUAGCAAACACUAUCCAGUUUAAGGAAAGCUAGUAAGCCUUUUAAGGGAACUGUUAUGCAUAUGUUCUUUGGUUAAGGCUAUGCUUUUGGCAAAGAACAGAAGAAUACCUGUAAUUCCCUUUUUCAGUUUUUCAUGCUUACCAGCACUACUUAAACAUAUUUAUUUAUAAUUUCUUCUAAAAAGAGAAUGUGUGUGUAUGUAUACACUGAUAAAAUUGUAGUCAAGUCGUAGAGGGCAGGCAUUUAGCUACAUCUAGAAGAAUUAAUAAAAUGAAUCUAACCACAUCUGAAGAAUUAAAACGUUUGGUAACUACCUACGUUGUGAAACAACUAGAUAUUCCAGGCCCAUCUUGUACUUUGUCUGACCAGCCAUUAUUUCUGAGGAUCCCUGGUUCCUUUUAAUGGGGAAUGGUUUAUAGAAAUGACAACUCUAGGGUCUACCACUGGAGUGGUAUUGCUUCUAGGCCUUUUUGGCAAACAAGGUAAGAAAUGCAUGUAUAUGUCUGUCUAUAAAAAUCGUAAGUACAUGUGUGUCUACAAAAAUCAUGAGUUCAUCAAAGGAGGGCCUUAAGAAAAACUAAACACACACACAUACAUACAUACACACACAUAUACAGGCAAAAUCAUGAGUUCAUGCUGAUAACUUUAGUUCCAAUGCAACACUAAGGAUACAGUACUAAGGGCAGGUAGCUUUCAACACUGAGAAUAUAUCACACCCAGUGGCCUCAAGCUUCUGUCUUUGCUGUUGAGAAUUCAGCUUUUUAAAAUGUUGCUCCUCUGAAGGUAAUCUUUUUUUCACGAUUUUUACUUUGUAGUUUUUAGCAAGUCUAAUAGUAUAUCUAGGUGUGGAUUUCCCUUUUUGAUCUGUGCAGUUUGUUAUGCUUCUUAAGUCUAUGAAUUGACCUUAUCAGUUGUGAAAAAUUUCAGCUUUGUUGGGGUUUUCCCCGACCAAUCAUAGGUUUAGCAUUAAAAUAUGUAACAACAGCCAUUAUUUCUUCACUUACUGCCUCUGCCUCAUUCUUUUUCUCUGUUAUUUUUUUUGUCUGGAAAUGCAAUCAGAUGUAUUUUAGGACUUCUCAUGCUAGCUUUUAUAUAUCUUAACCACUUAUCUUGGUAUCUUUCCCACCGUGGCUGCAUUCUGGAUAGUUUCUCUGACUGAUAGUCCUUUAUUUUAAAAUACUUAGCAUAUUAUGUCUUAUAAUUCUAAUAUCUCAAGUCUUUGCAGGUCAUUUUCUGUCUUCUCUUGGUUUUGUUGGUUCUUGUUUAUAAUUCCUUGUUUCUCUGUGCUGUUGACCAUGUGUUUAUUGGGGAUUGUGCUUGAGAAAUCGCACUUCGGAUUUCUUAAGGCCUGGAUUGAACAGUUUUUCCCCAAAGGAAUAUUUCCUUCUGCCAGGAGAUUAGAACAUUGUCAGUCCAGAACUGUUUUAAACUAAAUUAGGACUUGAGAUGUAUGGGACCACCCAUGACAUGUUAAAUUAGGUUGUAAAUCUACCCUAGGAUUAAACGAUGAUGUACAACUACCCUUGUCCCUUUAAAGACACUAGAUCAACUUCUCAUGCAGUCUCAUGAGGCUAAAGGAUAGAAGUAAGUUUAUUAUUUCCUACUCUCACCUUAAAGAUAGCCUAAUAGAAAAGUAAAAAAUAAAAAAAGGAAGAAAUCAAAGGAGGGCUCAAGAAUUAAUAGGGGGGAAAAAAAGAUAAAGAUAGCCCUUACUAUUCCUGCUUUAAUGUUGAAUGAUCUCUCAAUCAUGAAGCAGACCCAGGACUUGUCUUAUGUCCCCUUGGUCCAGAGAGUUUAUCAAAUUGCAGAUCAGUUUCUUCUUGGUAGUGAAAUAUUCUUAGGGUAAAAAUGGCAUCUAGGUGUACCUCUAGGUUCCUGGUAAUUUCUUACUAACUUACAAGGUUUUUGUUUGUUUGUUUUGAGUCAGAGUCUCACUCUGUCACCCAGUCUGGAGUGCAGUGACACAAUCUCCACUUACUGCAACCUCUGCCGCUGGGGUUCAAGCGAUUCUCCUGCCUUAGCCUCCCGAGUAGCUGGGAUUAUAGGCACGCACCACCACACUCAGCUAAUUUUUGGAUUUUUAGUAGACACAGGGUUUCACCAUGUUGGUUAGGCUGGUGUCGAACUGCUGACCUUGUGAUCCACCCACCUCUGCCUCCUGAAGUGCUGCAAUUACAGGCAUGAGGCACCACGCCCGGCCAAGAUUUUUAGAAGUAAGUUUAAUCUACUAGCUUUAAUUGUUUGCAAUAAGAGUGUAGGCCUGAAUGACCUAACCUGCCUUUACAAGAAGCAAAAGUUCCUUUAUAUGUAUAUUUUUUCUUUAAUGGUUAUAUUAGUUCAUUUCCACACUGCUAUAAAGAUGCUGCCUGAGACUUGGUAAUCUAUAAACAAAAGAGCUUUAAUUGACUCACAGUUCCACAUUGCUGGGGAUCUCAGGAAAUUUACAAUCAUGGCAGAAGGGGAAGCAGGCACCUUCUUCACACGUGGCGGGGCAGAGAGAAGGUGAGGGAGGAACUGCCACUUUUAAAGCAUCAGAUCUUGUGAGAACUCAGUCUCAUGAGAACAGCAUGGGGGAAACUGUCCACCAUGAUCCAGUUACCUCCCACCAGGUCCCUCCCUCCAUGUGGGGAUUAUAAUUCAAGGUGAAAUUUGGGUGGGGGCACAAAGCCAAACCAUAUCAACCGUAAACUAUAUGUUUAGAUUUUUAAAAAAAUAUUUAAAGGGGGGAAAAAAAGAAAACUACCCAGAAAUGAAAUAGGCUGUACAACAUAAGUUGCAAGUUAUUUAAAAAAAUAAAAACUAGAUGACAUAGCUCAUGCCUGUAAUCCCAGUAACUUCCUUUUUUUUUUUUGAGAUGGAGUUUUGCUCUUGUUACCCAGGCUGGAGUGCAAUGGCACAAUCUCGGGUCACCGCAACCUCCACCUCCUGGGUUCAGGCAAUACUCCUGCCUUAGCCUCCUGAGUAGCUGGGACUACAGGCGUGCGCUACCAUGCCCAGCUAAUUUUUGUAUUUUUAGUAGAGACGGGAUUUCACCAUGUUGAGCAGGAUGGUCUCGAUCUCUUGACCUCGUGAUCCACCCACCUCGGCCUCCCAAAGUGCCGGGAUUACAGGCGUGAGCCACCGCGCCUGGCCAAUCCCAGUAACUUCUGAGGUAAAACCAGGCAGAUCCCUUGAGGCUAGGAUUUCUAGAUCAGCCUGGGCAACACGGGAAGACCCUUUGUCUCUAAAAAAAAUUUAAAAAUUAGCCACGUGCCUGUAGUCCCAACUACUUGGGAGCUGUGGUGGGAGGAUCACUUGAGCCCAAGAAUUCAAGGCUGCAGUGAACUACGCUUAUGGCAUUGCACUCCAGCCUGGGUGACAGAGCAAAACUCCAACACUCAGUAAAAAAAUGAAAAAAAGAAUAAAUGGAAACAACCUGUAUACAGAAAACAACGUUCAUUCUCACUGUUAGUCAAAUAAAUAGAAAUGUGCUACCAUUUUUCACCUAUCAUAUUCACUAGGUUUUAAAAUUUACUUAUUUAAAAGCUUAGGUUAUUAUGGUGAGAUAGGCUGUGCUCUUGUUCUGCUAGUGGGAAUGUAAAACGAUACGACUUUCUUCUGGAAAAACAGUAGCAUACUACAAAAUAAUGUGUGGAAAACUCUUAAAUAUUAAUACAUUUAGUCAGGGAUUGGCAAACUACAGCCCAUAGGCCAAUUUGGCCGGCAGCCCAUUUUUGUAUGGCCCUACCACUGUAAGUAUUUCUUAUAUUCUUAAAGAGUAACAGGGAAGAACAUAAAUAACAAUAUAUGGUGGACACUGUAUGUGGCACAAAAAGCCUCAAAUAUUUGCCAUCUGGCUUGUUACAUAAUUAAUUCACUAUUACCGAUAUUUAUUAGAUUAAUUAUACUUCUAGAAGUCUGUCAGAGGAAAGUAAUCAGAUAUGGGCAGACUAAAGACUGAUGAAAUGAACAGACAUACUCAGGAAGAACUUAGAUUGAACUUACAUUUCUUUUUUUUUGAGGCGGAGUUUCGCUCUUGUUAUCCAGGCUGGAGUGCAAUGGCGCAAUCUCAGCUCACCGCAGCCUCCGCCUCCUGGAUUCAGGCAAUUCUCCUGCCUCAGCCUCCUGAGUAGCUGGUAUUACAGGCACACACCACCAUGCCCAGCUAAUUUUUUUUUUUUUUUUUUUUUUUUUUUUUAGUCAAGACAGGGUUUCACCAUGUUGACCAGGAUGGUCUCGAUCUCUUGACCUCGUGAUCCACCCGCCUCGGCCUCCCAAAGUGCUGGGAUUACAGGCGUGAGCCACUGUGCCCGGCUGAACUUACAUUUCUAACAGUAAUGGAGUGGAUAGUCAUAAGAUAUUCAUACAGUAAAACUAUUUUCUAGAAAUAAUGAAAUAAGGAAAUGUUCCUAAUGAAGUAUAAGAUGUAAAACUAUAUAUGGAAUAUACUAUACACCAAGGAAAGACCACAAAGAGAUAUGCAAGUGCAUACUCUGAAUGUUAGGCUUAGAGGUGAUUUUUGAUUUUUUAAUGCUUUUUGAUGUUAUCUCAGCUUUCUACUUUUGAUCUUUUUACUUUUUCUCUUAUGAUCAAGGAAAAAACAUAUCUUUGCCCCUUCUGUUAUGACCACUAAAAGAAUAUGAAGAAAUCUAGGUGUAGUGUUGCAUGCCUGUAGUCCCAGCUAUUUGGGAGACUAAGGCAAGAGGAUUGCUUGAGCCCAGGAAUACUAAAUCAUCAUGGGUCAUAUAAUGAGACACUGUCUCUUAAAAAAAAAAAUUAAAAAUUAAAGACUAUGAAGAGACAAAAGAGUUGAGAAAAUAAAGAAGCCUUUGAGGAAUGUGUCUCUCUUUUAUUCAUCUUCAUAUAUAUCCAGUGCCAGACAUUAGCUAGGUGCUUGGUAAACAUUUGUUUAAAAAAUGUGCAACUAAGUCAGAAAUAUGAAAAACCGCACAGCCGCAAAGCGAUGCAAAUUUAAAUUACAUAUAUAUAUAAUUUUCCCUUUUAGAAAUUAGCAAAUAGUUUGUUUAAUAAAAAUUCUUGUUGUGUUUUUUUUUUUAAGUUGGAUUUUUUGGAGGCAUAAUUAACAUACAAAAUUCACCCUUUUUACAAAUGUACAGUUUGACGCAUUUUGAAAACUGGAUAAUGGUAUAACCAAUCAAGACAGUAAAUCUUUCCAUAUCCAUCACCCCAAAAUGUCCCCUUGUACUCCUUUCUCUCCUUUUACUCCUAAUACCAUGCGGUCACUACUUUGGAUUCUGUUAUCUAUAGUUUUCCCUUUUCUAUAAUGUCAUAUAAAUAGAAUCAUACAGUAUGCCACUUUUUGUCUCUGGCUUUCUUAGCAUUACACUUUUGAGAUCAUCAUUUUGUUGCAUGUACCAUUGUGGUGUUCUUUUUAAUUGUUGAGUAGUUUUCCAUUUGAUAUAUUACAUUUUGUUUAUCCAUUCACUGGUUGGUAGACGUAUGGGUUAUUCCCAAAUUACUGUGAUUAAAGUUGUAUUAAACAUGAAUAUAAAUGAAUAAAGUUGCAUUAAACAUGAGUAUAAAUCUUUGUGUGGCUGCAAAUCUUCAUUUCUUUUGUAUAAGUACGUAACAGUAGAAUUGCUAGGUCACAUACAGUGAGUAUAUCUAUAACUUUACAAGAAAUUGGCUAGGUGUUUUCCAAAGUGACUGUACAUUGCAUUUCCACCACUUAAUAUAAGAUAUUGAAACAAGUACUUAUUGCAGUUGUUAGUGAAAACUUAUAACUCUUUGGGAAAGCAUUUUUGGCAGUCUGAAUCCAGUCAGUAAAAAUGUUCAUUCUCUGGCCUUUAAGAGUCAUCUUUGUAAGAGAUAAUCUAAAAUUUGCACAAGGAUAUUUGUCAAAGUACCAUUGUAUUAGAAGACUAAAAAUAUACACUACAGCUGUUGUCUUUGGUAAAAUUUAUAAAUUCAGCACUAAGCGGAGCAUUGUAGUGGGUUUUAAAGAAACUUGAGAUGUGUUCCUUGACUUAUGUAACUUGUAAUCUAGUGAGUAGACAGUGCUGAUUAGCUGAAAAAUUUUCAGUGAGCAAUGCAACACUGCAUUAAAUGCGUCUUAAAAUAUGCCACAUUAAAGAAGAGUGAGCAGUAGGGGUGAAGACUUGGAUGGAUUUCAGCAAGGUUUUGAAGCAUGGCUAAAGCUUGAGUUGGAGGGGUGGAGAUCUCUAGGUGGAACACACCAUGGCUAGAGGUAAAAAUGGUCCAACUAUGUAAAAAUCACUGGAAUAUAUGUAUGUAGAGAUAAUAAAACUAUGUUAUUAGACUCUUUUAAUGGAGCAGGAACAGCAUGAUCUUUAAAAACUGGAAUGACUGCUAUGAGGCUCUGCAUUCUUAUAAAAGCUUUGGAUAGUCUAGGAAAUGGUCAGGGAAAUGGUAGAAAAUGAUUAUUUUUCCUAGCAGUGGUCAGGGAAAUGGUAGAAAAUGAUUAUUUUUACUAAUAUUACAAAUUUAAGCUGGAUAGAGUAGUUUGAUAAGGAACCAUUGUUAUCUUUUGUAAGUAGCAGUAACAUAUACAUUAUAUUCAUGGUUUUUUUUCUAGUCAUUUGUGUAGGAAAGAGAAAGGAGAGAGGAAGAAAAACUUUUUUACCCUUAGUAUCAUCCACCAAAUGGUAAGCCUCUUGGUAGCAGAAACUUUGUCUUGUUAUUAAAUACUUUUAUCUUCCAUGAUUAGCACAUUGUAUGAGGAGUAGGAAUAGAGAGCUGGUUGCAGGAUUUAUAAUUACCCAUGAAAGGUAGAGAGAAGAUUGUCUAGAUUAGUCUGAGGUAUAACUGUAUUAAGUGAUAAUGGUUCCUGGAUGAGGCUGGUGGAUUGGGCAAAAUGAUAGAUUGAAAGAUUUGGAAGUCAUCCUUUAAAUCAUGUGUUUGUUUCUUGAAUGUAUGGAAUGAGAAGAUAGUAAAGAGAGGAUGUCGUAAAAAUAGUGUAAUACCUGUCAUUUACUUAGUACCUUGUUUAUGACAGGUAUAAUACAUAUUAUCUCACAUUAAAGUCAUAUUACAGGGUACACAUGGUGGUUCAUGCCUGUAAUUGGAACACUUCGGGAGGCCAAGGCAGGCCGAUGACUUGAGCUCAGGGUUUUGAGACCACUCUGGCCAACAUGGUGAAAACCUGUCUCUACUAAAAAUACAAAAAUUAGCCUGGCAUGAUGAUAGGUGCCUGAAAUGCCACCUACUCAGGAGGCUGAGGCAGGUGAAUUGCUUGAACCUGGGAGCUGGUGGUUGCAGUGAGCCAAGAUCAUGCCACUGCACCCUAGCUUGGGCAACAGAGUGAGAUUCUAUUUAAAAAAAAAAAAAAAAGUCAUUAUAGAUGAAGCAGAGUUGGUGAAUUGCCCAUAGACACACAAUUAUUAGCUAUUAGAGCUGGGAUAUAAACAGUGCAUUUUUAAAAAGCCAGCUCUAGUGUUACUUCCCUUUUUUAGGAAAUCUUCCCUAUAACUUCUGUCCACCUUUUAAUACCUAGGUUAACUUGAGGCGCCUCUGUUUUCAUUUGAUAAGCAGUUUGUAUCUGCAGUUUUGCAUUUACUUACGGAAUUAUAAUUGCAGAACACAUUUGGAAUCUGAGGACUUAGCAUCAGUCUCUGAUUCCUCUACUCCUUCAGUAACUUAAAAGUUGAAGGUGAAGGCCUAUGGUAUGAAUCACAGUGCAAGGCAGGUAUACCAGAGGGACUCACUCCCCAUGAGUGUAGGCUCAGCUCUUGGGUGUCAGAUACUAGGCCAAAUUUUCAGAGGUCUGGGCAUUUUCAGCAAAUGUAAAGUUUCUUCUUUUUGUUUAUCUCAUCCAGUACCUAACUUAUUCAACUUGGAAUUCAGUGUAACACAGCUACGAGUAUAUGUGCAUUCAAGUAAUUCACAGUAUCUUUAAA